GGUAUCUCUCCUGCCACCGGUCGGCCAUUCUCUCCUCCGCUCGCUUUCCGCACGACGGCCCGACAGAACCCGGGGAAGCUCGAGAAGACUGAGCUGAUGGAAGGCAAGUGCCACAAGUGCAAGAAGUGGGUUGCUGUGGAGGGCAUCAAGGAUGUUCCGACUAAGGUUCGAGAGAUAUUUUGGUGGAAGCACGCGGCGACCUGUCACCAAGGCUCGACCAUCGAAGGCGAAUGCGACGUCUUCGUCGAGGAUGAGGUCUUC